AAUUCUACCGUGCUGCCCCCCGGCACCUAUUGGGGCCAAUAUCAUGAUAUCGCCAAAUAUAACACCCACCUGAGCGUGGCAGAGAGAUUGUGGGUCGCAUGGUAUGCGUGGGUGCAGAAUGAUGUCCUGGCCACCGGCAUCAUGUCCUUCGUCAUCCACGAGUUGUUCUACUUCGGCCGCUCUCUUCCGUGGAUCUUCAUCGAUAGCUUGGCUUUCUUCAACAGAUACAAGAUUCAAAGUAGCAAAGUACCUUCAUUACGCGAGCAAUGGGACUGCGCCAAGUUUGUGCUUCUGAGCCACUUCACGGUUGAACUUCCUCAAAUCUGGUAUGGUCCUGCCCUUGACAGAGUGGUAUUCUACCCGACGUUUGCCUCUGGGGCCCAAAUGAGUAAUAACGGCUCUUCCAGGCUUUUCCACCCAAUGGCACAGUUCUUCGGUCUAUCAACGUCGAUCCCAUUUCCAUCUCCUUGGACUAUGGCAUAUCAGAUUGCAAUAUUUUUCGUGAUGGAGGACACUUGGCACUAUUUUUUCCACCGAGCUCUUCAUUGGGGUCCACUCUACAAGGCUAUUCACAAAAUUCACCAU